AUGGGCCCCCGAAAAGAUGGCUACUCCAAAGCCAAAACACCGUCCAGUGGAGACCGUGACAGCAGGAAUGACCGCAUUUCGACGAAUGCCGGAAUCAAAAUCGAGAGACUCAAAAAGGAGAAAGAUGAUCUGGAAUAUGAUCUCAAGAGUCUCAAAGGCCAAAUGCAGAGCGAGAAAGUUUCUGUCCUGAAGAAGGAGAAAAGGGGCCUGGAAGAUCAAGUCAAGAGUCUCAAAGCCGAAAUUCAGAACGUAGUGGACAAAUGGCAACAGACGUACAACGCCCUGGGAAAAAAGUACAUCGACGUCAGCACAGAAUUGCGGAAAGCCGACAGAGAUUUGGCGGAAGUCGAUGCGAAGUACAGCCGAUCGAUAGCCAAGCACUCAAAGUUGCAGACGACAGUGGACGACUUGAAGAAAGAACUGCAGGAGGAGCGCAACCACAGCGCAGCUUUCAUGAAGAACAUCGAAGCUCAGGAGGAGAUCGUGACCAAGGCACACUCAACGGCGAUCUCGCUGCUCGCACGAGACGUGUCGAGUGACUUCCCAGACGACGAGAUCAAGAAGGAAAUUCGCAACUUUCUCCAGAACAGCCUUUUCGGUUGGUGUGCGGACAACAGUGCACGCCGUAUUGCUGGCCCCGAAACUGCGGGACCGUUCCUAAAGCAGCGAGGACUGCUGCUCAGAAACAACGACGACCUCCCUGAGCACCUCCAGUUCGACAUUCAGCACAACAUGGCACCCGUGGUCCUGCUGCAGGCGGCACUGGCGCAUGAGCUAUUGAGAUCUGAGCUCGAGAUGGCGACACCGCAAGCACCCGCACCCGAGCCCGCAUACGCGCCUGAAUCAGACCACCGACCAGCAGAGCUGAAUAUGGGAGGGGCAUAUAUGGCGGCUAACCCGCUACCUGAUUCAUACAACACAUCGCUUCACUCGCACACGUAAUCAUGCUGCAGCGCUACCUAAUUCAUACAACACAUUACUUCACACACGCACACAAACCUGCUACUCUAGACCUAUACUUCUUUUCCAUGCCACCACUAAUGCGGUGAUCAAAGUGAAAAAAAAGGAUUGUUUGUUUCCAAACGGGUGGUUUGCCAAAGAUUCCCUGACCGUAGACGUUGCUAUGAAGUUGGACAUCUCACACCUUCUCUUUCAGCAGAGAACGCCGCCACGACGCGUGCUCUCUACUGCCGGUCGGUCGCCAGCCUAUGUAAAAGCAAGGCCCCUCCCGGAGC